AAUUCAAGUAAUAAACUGAGAUAUCAACCAACUAAUGAGAUUGGCUACCUAGUUAGAAUUUCAAAUUAAAUUAGCCAGUUGUUUAGACCGAAACCUAUACUGAACAUUUGAAAUUCGGUUCUGUAUAUCACGUAUUUAUGUAGUAGUCGUGUCUUAUUUUUGCACCAUUGCCUUUCAUUGAUGAAAAUUAUGGGAAAAAAGUGAAAUAAACUCAUUUUAUUAGCUAACCCGUCAUUAUUUUGUAUAGUUUAUUAUAAUUAACUAUAAAGUAUUUUAUACACCGAUACACGAAUCUAUUACCCUGUGAUUUACAAGCUAUGAAAAAUAUGAAUUCUCUACAGAACAACAUUUCUGAGCUCUUAAAAUUAGCCAAAAAGUUCAACUGCUUCUAUUUCUCAGGUUUACAUCAAGGCAUAUGUAAACCAUUCAUAGUUGCUGGCCACCAAGUGGGUCUAAUUCGACCUGAUAUUAUGAAAUAUCUUCAAAAAUUUCCAGAGGUUUUUAUAAUUGCUGGUAAAUAUGUGGAGCUAAAUCCUGCAUUCCGUGACUAUCAAGAAAGAACAGCAAAAGUAGCUGAUGUGUUACAGAGCUUGAGAAAAGAUGGAGAGUUGUGUGCACUUAAGGGUUGGAGGGAUGAGUGUUUUGGAGUGAGCACCCCCUUUUAUUAUGAAAGCUUGAUGGAAAUGGAACGGAGCGCGAUUUGCCUGUUCGGCAUUAGGAACUAUGGUGUCAGUGUCUCCGGCUAUGUUAACCAUCCCACCAAAGGGCUGUGCAUCUGGUUGCAGCAGAGGAGCUUCACCAAACAAACAUGGCCAGGAAAAUGGGACUGUUUCGUCAGCGGCGGAUUGGCAGUGGGCUAUGGUAUCCUGGAGACCUGUAUCAAGGAAGCUGCAGAGGAGGCGUCGGUGGAGGGAGAGUUGGCGAAGAAGUUGGUGCCCGCUGGUUGUGUCAGCUUCUACUUCGAGAGUGAGAGGGGACUGUUCCCAAACACAGAGUAUGUCUACGACCUGGAACUGCCUGUAGAUUUCGUUCCACAAAAUGCUGAUGGCGAAGUAGAGGGAUUCGAGCUCCUGACGGCGCAGGAAUGCAUCCAGAGAGCCCUUACUCCGCAGUUCAAAACUACCAGUGCACCUGUCCUUUUGGACUUUCUCAUAAGGAAGGGAUUCAUCACUCCAGAAAACGAACCAAAUUACCGGUACCUAGUAGAGCUGCUUCACGUCCCGCUGCAGUCGAUCUACAACUGGCCUUACACCGCCGCUAGCGUCGUCAACGGCGACGGCCCACAGUUACAAAUACCAAACUAAUCGUAAUCAUACAUUGUGUAGCUAACAUUAUAUCAUUGCCCCAGAUAAGUUUCUAGUAGUUUUAAUUAUUUUAUAUAAUUUGUAUGUACGUCGUAUUUAUUACACGUUUUGUGAUUCCA